UCAGCUCCUCCUGUCUCUAGGAAAUUUGCGAAUGGUACGACACGGAUGCAUGACGCGCCGACCCAGCAAGUGACCACCGCCAGGCCGCCACCUUAAAGAGCGUCCGCCGCCUUCUGUUGACACCACCACCACUGCCAGGUGAAUCAAUCGCAGCCAUGGCCCCCAAGACGAGCAAGAAGACCGCAUUCGAGGAGCACGGUUACGAGUUCUUGGGCCCUCCCGGUGCCUUUUUCAUAUCCUUCAUCCUUCCCGUGGUCGUGUACAUCUUUGCUUUCGCCUGCAACGAUGUCACCGGCUGCCCGCCGCCGUCGCUCUUGCAUCCCUCGACCCUGACGCUGGCCCAGCUCAAGCGCGAGGUGGGCUGGCCGGCCGAGGGCAUCGUCGGACUCUUCAGCUGGGAGGCUCUCCUCGCCACCAUUGGCUAUGUCCUGGUCAACGCCAUUCUAUACAGGGUGCUGCCCGCUGAGGAGGUGCAGGGUGUCAAGCUGCGCAAUGGUGAAAGAUUGAGCUACCGCCUCAACACCUUUUACUGCCACUCGGUCAUGCUGGCUGUGCUUGCUGCCGGCACCGCCGCGCAAGGCGCCCAUUUCAUCGUGUGGACCUUUAUCAGCGACAACUACAUCCAGAUCAUCACCGCCAACAUCCUGCUGGCCUACGCCACGGCGACCUACGUCUACGUCCACAGCUUCAGCGUCAAGCCUGGCAACAAGGAGCUCCGCGAGCUGGCCGCCGGUGGCCAGUCAGGCAACAUCCUCUACGACUGGUUCAUUGGCCGCGAGCUGAACCCCCGCGUCACCCUGCCGUUCAUCGGCGAGAUUGACCUCAAGGAGUGGCUCGAGCUGCGCCCCGGCAUGUUCGGCUGGGUCCUCAUGAACUUUGUCUGGAUGGCCAAACAGCACCGCACCUUUGGCUACGUGACCGACAGCAUGGUCCUGAUCAGCGUCGUGCAGGCCCUGUACGUCGUCGACUCGUGGUGGAACGAGUCGGCCAUCCUGACGACCAUGGACAUUACGACGGACGGCUUCGGCAUGAUGCUGGCGUUUGGCGACUUCGUCUGGGAGCCCUUUGCGUACGCCCUGCAGACGCGCUACCUGGCCCACCACCCAGUCCACCUGGGUCCGGUCUACCUGACGCUGAUGCUCGCCAUCAUCGCCGCAGGCUACUACAUCUUCCGUUCGGCCAACAGCCAAAAGAACCGCUUCCGCAUCAACCCCGACGACCCCCAGGUUGCCCACCUCACCUUCAUCGAGACCAAGUCGGGCAGCAAACUCCUCACCUCUGGCUGGUGGGGCGUAUCUCGCCAUAUCAACUACCUGGGCGACUGGCUCCAGGCGUGGGCCUACUGCCUCCCCUGCGGCGUGUCUGGCUAUCAGAUCCUCUCGGCUGGUUCCAAUGCGCCCGGGUCGUAUCUGAUGACUGACGGUCGCGAGGUGAUCCAAGGCGAGGCCCGCGGCUGGGCCAUCCCCCUCACUUGCUUCUACAUCAUCUACUUUGCCGUGCUCCUUGUCCAUCGCGAGGGUCGAGAUGACAUCAAGUGCCACCGCAAGUAUGGCAAGGACUGGGACAGGUACAAGACGAUUGUCCGUUCCAAGAUCAUUCCCGGUAUCUACUGAGGAGCCAAGGGAUGGGACGUCAAAGCUGAAGGGCGCGGCGUCCGCAGCUGGGAACCUAGCAUGGUCCGGAAUGGGAGUGACUGUAGGUGGCGCAUGAUUGUGCGCAGGCCAAGAUCGUUUGGAGGGGCGGACUGGCGUUGAAUAGGGCAUUCUGGCUCAUGGGUAAAAGCCACAUGCGGGACUCAUCUAGCAUUGUAGUCUAUCUGAUACCUUUUGUAAUGAACUUCUUUCUCAUGAAU